AAAACCUAUGGUUGAGGAAGUCCUAGAAAAGUUACAGAAUGCUAGUGACAUGGGAUGUGAAGACUCUGGGUCACAGUUUUGACUCCAUUUAGAGCAGCGUAUUUGCUGAGGGACUCGAUGCUAAGCUUGAUUUGUAAGCACCAUUUAGCGUAACUUUGAAACGUCAUAACAUGCACUUCUACAGUUUUAGCUGUAUGUUCUCUCUAUGUUAAUUUUAUGAAUAGUGCAUUCCUGUUUCAGCUUCUUUGCAUACCCACUUGAAGUUUCACAUGAGGAGCCCUUUGAUCAAAUGUCACUGGCCAUGCAAACCUUCGGUUAGACCAUUGUCCUAAUGUAUUUGAAUAGUGCUGCGCCACACUUCUCCUUGUGGUUUAUGUGGGGACCCCACCCUGAUUUCAUGUCAGUGAAUCACACUGCAAAAACUUUCAUGGGGAACUGCCCUUUAAUUGAAUGACAGUGAAUCACACCGCAUCUUGCAGUUUCAUGUGAGCUUUGAUCAAAUGUCACUGUAUUGUGCUGCUUGUGUCAUUGUAUUGUGAGCACAUGAAGUUAGUAAGGCUGUUGUUCAUGGUAUAAUUAGCCCUCCACGUCACUAAAGGGAUAAGGAUAGAUAGCGCUGUGGAGUAUUUUUUUCCCCAUUUCUAAUCACUCUUGCUUUUGUACCCCUAAGACAGAAAAUAGUGCAGUUACAAAUGGGAAGUAAAAUCAAGAGCAGGCUUUGCAGUGGUUCAAGUGAGCACAUGGAUAAAGUGAUGGAGAUUAGAAUCUGUGAUGGGGGCACGGACUAUACUGUGAACAGGUCUCAUGUGCUCGUGAUGCGGUGACAGUCACCUGUGGCCCAGAAGUGGCCGAGAAACACUGGUUUAGGUGUAUGUGUAGUGUGUGUGUGUGUGUGUGAGAGAGAGACUAGCUCUGGGGUUCCUGUCCAGGGCUGCUAGCAAAGGCAUUUUCCCCCACCACUGUAACCUAGCACUGGAAGAAGCUGGUAUGAAAAUGUAUGUAUGUGUUUAGUUUAAUCCACACAUGAAAUACAAGAAAAAAGAAACAACAAAAAAGUUUGCGGAGCAACUGCAACAGAACGCAGGAGAACUUAUGUGAAUUGCAGCACAAAAACUACAAUCAAGUGCACUUAAUUGUGCUAAACAUGAAAGAGGUAUGGUUUCCUUGCGAACCAUUUUCAGGCUGACAUCACAGGAGGAGCUGCAAAGGAGGAAAACACAUGUGGAAGUCAACAGGAAAUUAACCCAUCAAGGACCAGCUAGAUGUUUACAAUGAAGAAAACCUUGGACUCCUAUUUUGCCUCUGAAGCUGUAGUGCGACUUGUUUUGUUUGGAGUGUUUAUGUUAACAGAACACCUCCCUCCGUUUAUAAGAGAAAUUCAGCCAGAGGAGUUGUGGCUUUAUAGAUUUCCAUAUGUGGAAGAGGACCAUGUUCCCACAAAUCUAAUGUUUGGCAUUGCCUUUUUUGUACCUCUGUCUGUCAUUUUGCUGGGCAAAUUUACAAAUAAAGUUGAGCAAGAAGACACAAAAGAAGCAUGCCUUGCUGCUACUUUGGGUCUGGUACUAAAUGGCGUGUUUACUAACACUGUGAAGUUAAUUGUUGGAAGACCCCGGCCUGACUUUCUGAACCGCUGUUUUCCAGAUGGACAGAUUAACUCUGACUUGCGGUGCAAUGGGAAUUCAGACACUGUGCUUGAGGGGAGAAAGAGUUUUCCUAGCGGACAUUCCUCUUUUGCUUUCGCAGGCCUGGGAUUCACUGCCUUCUAUAUAGCAGGAAAACUGCAUUGUUUUGCGCCAGCAGGCCGUGGAAAAUCGUGGAGACUGUGUGCCUUUUUGAUGCCACUGCUUUUUGCAGUUAUGAUUGCACUGUCAAGGACUUGUGAUUACAAACAUCACUGGCAAGAUGUAUUCAUCGGAUCAGUUAUUGGACUCAUAUUUUCAUACUUGUGUUACAGACAGCAUUUCCCACCACUGACUGACAAUGAAAGUCACCGGCCUCUAAAAUGUAAAGGCACCGUACCAUCAGCACAAGAACGAAAACUUGCCAACUUUAUUCUUCCCAUAUAGGGGACAAGGAGGACACAGAUUUUUUUUUUUUUUUUUUAAUUUGUACAUCUCAAGUAUCUAACAGUUGCUGUGCAACAAACUAGUAUUCUUAAUGCAGGGUCAUCUUCAAAGCUGCCAGCAUAGAUAAGCUACUACAGAGUCUAGGAGGGAACAUACAUAAAAAGAACUGGGCUGUUUUCAGACAGAUAACCGUGCUAUAGAAGAGCAACACUUCUUCUUCAGGAAAGUGUUCGGCCAAGCUUGGAGUACACCUGAUCUUUUCUUUAUGCUGGAAUAUUUGAAAUUUAGAUUUGUAAAUUGAGAUCACAUUUCUGAAAUUCAUGUAAGCCCUUAGCAGAAGUAACGCAGGUAAGAGUGAUGACUAUUGAUUCUGUAUUUGUGGAGGGUUAUGUCAACUCAAAAUUUAGAAGAAGGUCAAAAACAUGAAUGCUGAGAGCAUGAGUUCUUUGUAUAUUUGUGGUGGUGUUUACUUAAACAAAGUAAGUAAAUGUUGGCCAAGCUGGCCAUUCCACACCACCCUUACUGGUAACAAGUAAUGCAUUUACUGUACAGAUGAGACAGGAGAAGUGUAUGUAUAGCUUAUAAACCAGGGAAGGUUUUGUUCAGUGCUGAAACAAAAGAAGAGGCACAUUAGUUUCAUGGAGAUAAGAGAUAUUUUGUUCUCAACUCAUGAAGGGAAGUGAAGAAACAGAUGUUUGCUUUGAUGUAAUGAUAAUUCACAUUCUAUCUGACUUAUAACGCUGGCACUAUUAAUUUCUGACAUAAAAGCUAACAUUCCAACAAUUUAAAGUUUUAAAAGGAUCAAAGUCAUAUUCUGCCAGAUUUAGAGUAAAACUUGCAUUCCAUCAGCUUAAAUAAGGUACAGUGGUGUACAUUUGGGUACCUAACCCAUUUUUUUUCCUUCAAGCAUUGCGUGUGGUUGGUUUUGAUUUAGACAUUCCUUUUGGGCCAAAUUUGUUGGAUAUUUACAUAGUGAAAGCUGUUCAUUUGUAAGGUUUCAGGAUAAUAUCAAUGACGAACACAAAUAUGGCAAGCCCUGCCUUUAGUUUUACUCCUCAAGUACUGAACUAUUUACACUAGUGGCCUCUCGUCUAAGAGUGGCAUUGCUAAUUCACCAGGAUUGCACUAAGCAGCCCCCUGAUCGUGUUUGACGUCCGCCCUCUGAGGUUCAGUCAAAGCCAGCCAUGCUUACUUCUUGUGGUGUGUCGAGUGCCUGUUUAAUUAUGUAAAAUGUGUAUUUAGAACAUCAAGUGGAAAAGAUAUUAAAUGUGAAAUUUGUGACUGUCCUAUUUUAAAAAUUGGUACUCAGCCACUAGUCCUGCUUUCAGAUAUCUAAUGCAGUAUGACUUGUUUACUUUUUUUACACUGAAAACAUAUUUUUUACGUCGUCCUUCAUUGUGUAUUUUUUUUCUCCCUAAAAUGUAUCCAGGUGGUUGUAUUUUUAAUGAUCUUUAGUAUGGAAGAGGGGCCUACUUCCCAGUGCUUAGUUUGGUCUUUUUUAUUGAAAAUAGGAAGUACUUUGUCGGUACAAUACUGCUAUAAAGCAGGGUUCUGUUUGUUAUGUAGCAAAGUAAAGGAUUUUGACAAAUGUCUUAGAAAAGUAAAGUACACGCUCCUGCUGAUUAGGUCAUGUAGAAAGGAAAGUAGUGGGAUCUUCAUUUCAUCCAAAAGAAAGAGCCUCUGGAAAGUUAUUUGGAAUAUUAAUAGCAGGGACAUGUAUUCUGGCUGAAAAAACAGUAGGUGAGACAGCGGAUAUCAUUUGAAACCUUGCAUCUUGAAGCAAAAAGCCCUAAAAGUCCUUCCAGUGUUGUGCUCGCUCUUUUGGUGAGGCCCAGCAUCAAAUCCUUGCAGUCUGAUAAAUGUUCCAGAGCAAAUAUUUCAUUACUGAAAGACAAGCUUUGGAUCAAAAAAA